ACUAUAUUUUUUUGGUGUGAUUCAACAAAAUGUCGAUAUUUUUCGACUUUGAGGUAGGCGCCAAUGGUAGACGAUUCAGGCGCGCUGUGGAUGCUGACAAGGCAGAUAUUGAGAAGAUUUGGAAUAAGGUGCACACCGCGGCACUGUUUGGAGAUGUGGACAUCGGGAGCCUUAUUGAACUGUCAGUCCUAGCCAUAGUGCUAGUAGACAAUGCGUUAACCGUGACGGGGUUCCUAGCUCUCUGCGACCAUCCUAACGUGCCUAGUGUAGAGCCGUCAGAUUGGGAGACCUGGGUUCGGAAUAUGUUUCGGCGCUUCUUCCUAGCUCGCAACACUCUCUUCAUCCACUUCGUAUGUAGCACGGAGGCGGUAGCGGACUUCUUUCUGGAAGAGGCUUUGUCGACUGUCUUCAUGAACGAUGGCUAUUUGAGACAAGUCGUUCUUGUGGUGCCGCCACACUGUCCAUCAGAUACGGUAAAUAGGUACAAAAAAAUCAAAAGCGGUUUUCUUCGCAAGUUUCAUUCGGUUGACCAACACAAGUACGGUCACAUACCGGACAGAGGACUGUACCUGUAUGUGGCCUUUAGAACAGAUUUCUGCCCUAAACUAAAAGUACGAAGAUGUGUUGAAGAAGACAACGAUGACAUCCUAAAACUACUUGCUAACAAAUCACCGAAGUUGAUUGAGAUAUACGGGUUAUAUUAUAUUAGCGAAAUCAUUGGGCGCCAUAAGGAUAGUGGCAGACACAUUAUUGUUGCUGAGAGUGAUGAGCAAGCAGUCGGGGUGAUGUGUUUAAACAGCACAGUGAACUAUGAGCUGCUACAAGACAUGUACGAGCUGCGACCGUAUUUCGGUCUCGUGACAGCCACGGCUAAAGAGAAGGAAAACCUUCGUCAACAUAACAGCUUGAUGGAGACUUUUGGUGAACCAAUAUUGAAUGGCUGUUGGAGUCCCUUCCAAACGAUGCAUAAAAUAAAAGUUAAUCGUUCAAAGGCUGAUUCUAAGAGCAAUGAGAAAGUUAUUCGAGUCGACAGCAUAACUACGGUGAACUUUGACGACGGUGAUGCGACGCCGGAUCUAGACGGUCUGUGUAUCCGACGAGACUCUUCUAUGGACGACAACAACAGUGAAGAUAAGGUUCUGUUUCAACAUAGAGUUUCUAUAGAUCAACAAACUGUAAGUAUGGAUUUGGGUAGCUUAUUCUUGGAGGAAGAGCCUUUUGAGUAUGAAAUUCUGAAUAUUGAAGAAACUCUACUAUCUGUACCAAAAUCCUGCAGUAUUUACAAUGAGGCAACAACAAAUGCGUCCAGACGAGGGUCUUCCUCAGAAAGUAAGCUUCCCGAAGAGGUAGCUCGGAAUUUACGUUUCAAAAAACGCAGUAAAGACAAAAAAAAUAUAGAAUCCCCAAGCAUGCAAAACCUCCUGCAGAGUGAAUACAGUGGUAAAAACAAUUCAUUUUGUAUUGAGCUGUUUGAUCUAAGGGAUGACAUUGAUCAAAGAUCGGCAUUAGAUUUGUUGGAGGCGGCAUUUGAAAUAAUGAAAGAUAGAGACUACUGUGUGAUACGCACUCCCUGCACUGAGAUGAACUUUCCAUUACUGCAGCAUUUUUGUUUCGUUCCGGCUAAAAACGACAUUGUUUCUGAAUACGCGCUUUAUAUCGCACACAGAGGGUCAGUCCUGGGGAAACUCCGAGUGCGACCCGCAGAAUUCGCAGACAUACCUCAAAUAGCACAUUUACUCAGCCAUGUAGACGGCAAAGAGACUAUUUAUACGAUAGAACACAGCAUAAUGGGCAAUCGGAGGCAUCAGGCGUACGUGAUGCAGUCAGGAUUGUUUAUUGUUGGAGUUGGGAUUUUGGAACCGGCCGAGCAGAUAGAUUUCCUCCUAUACAAGUUCAACUUGGGAUCGUUUCACAACCACAAGUACCACUACCGUGGUAGAGACCAGACCGCAGGAUUCGCUGCGUUGAAGUCUGCGCUGAUCUACCCUUGCUUUGAGCCACACUUCAGGUUCUUUGCAAGGGAAUUGCUGAGGUACUCUGGAUGUAGCACACUGCUUUGGCUUACUGCGUAUAGGAAUAAAUGGGUAGCCCACAAAGCAAAUUGUCUAGUGUCUUCGAUGGUCCCUAUAAUGCCUCUCAAGUCUAAUUUUGAUCAUGUGCAACUGCCUGCGCUACGACGUUUUUCUAAGAUGGAUAAAAAUAGUCUUGCCUUUAGCUGUUGGAUGUUUAAUAAAAAGUUAACAUCUAUAACGAAGAUGAAUGUGGACACUAGGAUCGUGAUAGUGGGCGCCUCCACGGCAGCGCUGGGAUUUAUAAAUGCUCUUUUAUUCAGCGAUGCAUCAUCCUAUCUAACAUUCACGAGUGUAACUAUAGUAUCACCUCACGGCCUACCGUAUCUGCGACAGAGUGUUAAAGCUGCUGAACUAAUGGUCCCACACUACAGACACAACAGUGAUGGGGUGAUGAAAAGUGUACCUUAUACUUAUUACGUUAACGUGGUAAAAGGGAAAAUGAGCGGCAUUGAUAGGAAAAACAAGUGUAUAAAACUUACAAACGGAAGCCAGUGUGACUACGAUAUGUUAUUCUUAUUUAUUGGGAAGCAGAUUCAGCAUCCAGACUACUUGGAAUCUAUUUUUGAAAGAGAAAGAGAUAUAAGGCUGGGCAACCUUCCAGAAUACCCUGGAAGAAUGGACGUAACCAAACAUUCAGUAGAGCAGGAUCUACUGAAAUUGCAAUGUCCAGGAAACGUGUUUAUAGUCAAUGAAGUUCACACGGCUAACGCUGCAUUACAGUAUGUUAGGUCGUGUGGUGGGGGCCCAAGUUCCCAAAUCAUCGUGUACGGUGCUGUAAUCGAAGCCUACUGUUGCAUUACGGCAUUACUACAUAUAAACAUACCGCCAAGUAAUAUCAUAUUUGUGGAGCCAUUUCCACCAGAAAACCCCCACCGUGCCCGAGUCUCAGCCUUCUGUAAUGUCUAUGUAGACCAAACAGUACGCGAGGUCCUAGCCAACCUUCAGAUCACAGUAUACAGCGCACACUACUUCGAAUCCUGGACCUUGGAUGAGAGUAGUCACUUAGUCACUCACGUGGACUUCUUGUCUACUUUCCGACUAGUCCGUUUGCCAUGUACGGCCUUCUUCUACUAUGGGAAACGGGGGAUUGAUCCGCAUGCUCUUGUAGCAAUAAACAAAGCUGGCAUAGCAUACGAUGGCGGUAUUCUAAUAGACCACAACUUCAAGACCAGUGAUCCGUCUAUCUACUCAGCUGGCAACGCAACUAGAUAUAACAGACGAUACGAUGCCGAUGAUAAGAGACAGAAAUAUUAUAAUUCUUACGAGAUUGGUAAAACGUUGGGUGUCCAAGUAAGAAACCUUUUGGAUCCACUUUUCAUGGAGAAAGACCAUGGGACAGACAAUGGUAUAAUUUGUUUUGUGAAGCCGAAAGUCGUAGUAUGCACUUUGCCUGGAAACUUGCAGUAUUUGGAUGUUCGACCACCUGCGAAGAAAGUUCCGCAUUAUUAUAUCCAAUCUUUGGAGUAUAAGGGGGUAGUUCUUGAAACUUUUAAGACCGGUUAUUUCAAGCUGCACCUAUCGGGUAGUCUCCAAGUUGACGGUAUAACUUGCUUGACAAGCGAAAAGUAUAAUUUAGAAAACUUCAAAAGUUUAUUUGGGUUGUCUUCGGUGGUAUUGAAUAAUGUCUACAUUAGAUAUAAGGCCAAAAGUGUCAUAAACUUUUACGAAUUCUUCAGUUCCCCGUGGGCGAUGUUCCUUUACCACGAGCAGCGGGAUGAAUUAUUUGAUACUGUCAGAGAGCUAACUACAGACACCUUGACUAGUGGUUUGAGACAGAAUACUUCCCUACAAUUGGACAGCCAAUGCAGCCGAUAUCCGGAAUUACAGUCCUUUGACUAUUACACUCCCUAUUUUAACAAUGUAACAAAGGCAGUAUUUGAAUGGAUAUCAGAUAACGAACUAUUAAUGCCUAUGUACCUGCAGCCAUCGCAUAGAACCUACUUCGAAUAUGAUAUUGGGAAUAAUCCAUGUUUCAAAAAGCGAAAGUACGAGCUUGUUAGGGUGUUAAACUACCUUUACUGAAACUGCACUUAUGUCUAAUGUUCCUAUAUUUAUGGCUACGAAAUAAAAUAUAAGUCACAUAGAAAGUGUUGUUUUCGUUAUAACAAGUCAUCAACAAGUAAACUAGAGAGGCAGCUAAUCGCUUAUAUCUACCAAAGCACCUAUAAAUA